AGAGCAUUGACCAAAUAUCACAUUCCGCUCGAACUGUAAACUAGUCAAGCCCGGUGGUGAUGCGAGAUGCCGUGACCCCGAGCUCACGCAAAACAAGAAAUUUGAACCGACUUGGAGUUACACCAAGCUGUGCUGAUGCCAAUAAUCUUUCCGUCAAAAUGGCGAAGAGCUCGGAAACUGCAGGCAAAUUCAACGACAUUGGAUAUCUGUGGAAUAUGCAUAAACGAUGCCAUCACAUUAACUAUGACAGUGUAAGGCAGUGCCUGACAAGUUUAGGAUAUCAUAUCGGUGAAGACAACCCACAGGGUGACAAAGAAUUCAACAAGAUAUUGCUUAAACUGGACCCUCAUAGGAACGGAUACAUUUCCUAUGACAUUCUGGUAAACUUCCUGUCACGUGAGCCAAGUGACGAAGACCCGGAUGAGCAACUACUAGAAUCAUUCAGAUUAUUAGCCCGGGGAAAGGCAUACAUCACCCCUGAACAACUUCGGAAUACCUUCCCGCCGGAUAUUGCCGACUAUUGUAUUGGCAGGAUGGCGCUUUUCGAAGGACCGGCGAUAGAGGGCGCUUUGGACUAUACAUCCUAUGAUAUCAGAAUAAAACACCCUGAUUACAGAUGACGUUACAAAAGGGAUAUGCAGGACAUUAAAACAUAUUUAUUUUUCACAUCAUA